GCCUUUCCACUUUCUCCCCGCUGGAGGGGCAAGGGGGCUCUGGAGGGGGGCUUUCUGGUCACCAUGCUCCUGUGGGUGUGCCUCUGUUGCGGCCUGUCGGCCAUUCACGGACAGCAGGACCCUGAAUUCUUAGCCAGGGAACUGGAGGAGGCUGAGAUUCUAGACUACAGCCUCAUCGACAACGUUGCUCGCAGACUCCCCAGGCAAGCUCGGUUCCUGCAGAGGCUGGAAACCAGACCCCGGAUGUCUGAAUUCUCGGUGAGAUCCACGAUCAUUUCCCGCUACGCCUUCACCACCAUCUCCUGCACCUUGGUGAACAGCGGCUCGGAGGACAGGGAAGGCGUCUUUGAGAUGCAGAUACCCGUCACAGCGUUCAUCACUAAUUUUACCAUGUUCAUCGGUGACAAAGCUUACCAUGGGGAAGUUAUUGGGAAAGACAGAAGGCUCGGGGAUGCCACGCGACGCCACAGAUACUCCAGGCCCAGAGGCGAUGGGGAAGAUGGAGUCGAGACAUUCAAGGCUUCUGGAACCAUUCCCAGAAAAGGCCAGGCUCUUUUCCUACUUCACUACGAAGAGCUCCUGCAAAGACGGCUGGGAAAGUACCAGUAUGCCCUCAGCAUACGGCCCCAGCAGCUAGUGGGGCGCCUCCGGGUGGAGGUGAAUAUCCUCGAAAACUCGGGAAUUACCUCCCUGGAAGUCCCGCCCCUCCGGAGCAACCGGAGCAGAGGCGGGGGGAAUGGCGACGAAGUUGACGGAGCCCCGCCCCCUUCGACGGUGAUUGGCCAGACGAAAACUCUGGCCAAAGUCACCUUCAGUCCCAGCGUGGUCCAGCAAGCCAAGAUUGCACGGAACGGCAUUCUGGGAGAUUUUAUCGUCCGGUACGAUGUCAACAGGGAGCUGAGUGUCGGGGACGUGCAGGUCCUGAAUGGAUACUUCGUGCACUAUUUUGCUCCCAAAGAUCUCCCACCACUCCCGAAGAACGUUGUGUUUGUGCUGGACAGCAGUGCCUCCAUGGUGGGGACCAAACUACGACAGACAAAGGAUGCCCUCUUCACCAUCCUCCAAGAUCUCAGGCCCGAGGACCACUUCAACAUCAUCGGCUUCUCCAAUCGAAUCAAGGUCUGGCAACAAGACCGCCUGGUCCCCGUGACCCCCGAGAAUAUCAGAGAUGCGAAGAUCUACAUCCACAACAUGUCACCCACGGGAGGCACCAACAUAAACGGGGCGCUCCAGAUCAGCACGAAGAUCCUCAACGACUACAUCUCCCAGAGCGACAUUGAUGCCCGAAGCGCCUCCCUGAUCAUCUUCUUGACCGAUGGGCGGCCCACGGUCGGGGAGACGCACUCCACCAAGAUCGUCAACAACACCAAGGCGGCCAUCCACAACCGGUUCUGCCUCUUCACCAUUGGCAUCGGGAACGACGUCGACUACCAGCUGCUGGAGAGGCUGGCCCUGGAGAACUGUGGGAUGAUGCGGCGCAUCCGGGAAGACGAGGACGCCACCGAGCACCUGAAAGGAUUCUACAAUGAGAUCAGGACGCCCCUUCUCUCUGAUAUCCGGGUGGACUAUCCAGUGGGCAGCGUGGAGCACGUGACCCAGAAACUCUUCUCCAACUACUUCAACGGCUCCGAGAUUGUCAUCGCCGGGAAGCUGCUCAACCACACGGCCCACAGCCUCCACGUUGAAGUGACCGCCAGCAACAGCAAGAAGUACAUCCUGCUCAAAACCGACGUGGCCUUCGAUCUCCCCAGCCAGAACAGCGUCGGGAGCGCCCCCAGCGGCGUCGAGGACCCCACCGACAGCCGGAACUACGUGGAACGGGCCUGGAGUUACCUCACCAUCAAGGAACUCCUGACCUCCUGGCUGAAGAGCGACGACUCUGAGGAGAGGGAGAACCUGAGAGAACGAGCUGAGAAACUGGCCCUCACCUACAACUUUGUCACCCCUUUCACCACGCUGAAGAUGAAGGAGCUCGGGGUGCAGACCGAGGUGCCGACGGGGGUCUAUAUUGACCCAUCGACUGGCGGUUUGGGGGAGACCAUGCAAGGGCUGAAGGGUCCCGAGGCACCGGCAGGUCCCGUCCCUGGAAAACUGGACAAAGAAAGAACGAAAGCCUCAAAAACAUCCGCGGAUGGUGACCCACACUUUGUCGUCGAUUUCCCCUUGAGCAAGCUAACCGUCUGCUUCAACAUUGACGGGCAGCCCGGCGAUAUCCUCCAGCUGGUGUCCGAUCAUAAGAACUCCGGUGUGACGGUGAACGGUCAGCUGAUUGGGGCCCCGGCACCGCCCAACGGCCAUAAGAAGCACAGGACCUACUUUCAAAGCAUCACCGUUCUCAGCAACAAGCCAGACAGAGCCUACCUGGAAGUCACGCCCACCAAGGUCAUCUUGGACGACGGGGAGAGGCUCGUCUUGUCCUGCGACCGCAGCGCUGUGGUGGGAAGCCAGAAUCUCGAGGUCUCCAUCUUUGCCCGUUCCAACGUGACGGUGGUGAUCCGGGGCACCAUUGCUUUUGUCAUCCUGAUCCACCAUUACAAGAACCCUGCUCCUUACCAGAAAGAUCACUUGGGGUUCUACAUCUCCAAUGGCCAAGGGCUCUCCUCCAGCUCACACGGGCUGCUGGGUCAGUUCUUACACCAAGUGGUCAACCUUACCCAGGUUCCCCAUGGCCAACGUCCCCAACUGGGCAGCCGAAACCAAACCAAAAGCACGGACACCAGCGCCGGCAACGUAUUACAGCUGAAAGGGCGUCUGGUCCCGGUGGUGUGGAAGCAGAGGAGAAUCUACAACGGCGAGCAGGAAGUGGAUUGCUGGUUUGCCAAGAACAACGCCGAGAAGCUGAUCGACGGGGCCUACAAGGAUUACCUCGCCUCUCACCCUUUCGACACAGGGACUAGCGGCGCGGUGGGGAGCAGACUCUAAAGAAGGAGCGGUCCGCCGGCGCAGCGGAAGCCGUUACUCC